AUGUCUUUAGCUCAACGCAAAUCGCACGCCUUGACUGCACUCUUGAUUGAAGUGAGCAGCCAGCUUGACGAUGAGAGCAAGAAGAGAGUUGAGGAUACCUUGGCAUCUUUCGAAGACGACACGCCGCCUCCUCCACCAACACCUGCUCUCUCUCAUGGCAAGCGCGCAAGAAGAGCUUCGUCACCUUCCCCCAAUGACGAUGCUCUGAGCGCCACAUCUGUAGAUGGCGGAGAAGCUCACGUCUCAGCUUCAGUCGGCUCCAACGAAGAUCUAGACUUCGUCCAAGAGGACAUUCUCAAUACGGAUGAGGCAGAUAACACGGGCUACAUGGGUCACAAUUCGCACGUUCAGUGGCUCAGAGCCCUGGAAACCAAGAUCGAACAGCCCGAGGGCGAACCUGCCAACAUGCCUUACGGGCCACCGGGCGUCGACGGCGACGCCUUUAACCAGCGUGCUGAAGCGCUUCACGGGCGUCAGCAACAGAGCCAUACUCGCCCUUCUCCGCACCAUGACAAGUUUUCUGGCUACUACUUUUACCUUGACAAGUCCAACAUCGACGUCGAUGUUGGUGAUCCACACGUCAUACCCUCUGCUGAGUCGGCCGAGAGGCUGUUCGACUACUACAAAGCAGUUGUGCACAGCCCAUUCCCCAUCUUAGGUGACAUGUUCGAAGCUCAACUGAAAACGUACUUUGCCAAGGAUCAGGGCAGUCCUACGCUGGUCGUCUGCCCAAAGUGGAAAGCUGUUAUGAACCUCGUAUUCGCUAUUGGCGCACGCUAUUCUCAUCUCAUCGGCGCCGAAUGGCAAGCCGACGAUCGUGAUCACCUAGUGUAUAUGUGGAGAGCAAUCCAUUUAUUGCAGCUCCAAAGCAUUGAUACUCUCGUUGCGCAGCCAGAUCAAGCGCUGAUUCAGGCGUUUGGGCUUCUGUCUUUCUACUACUUGACAAUAGGUCAUGUCAGCAGAGCUUGGUACAUGAUUGGCAUCGCCCUUCGACACGCACAGGCCGCAGGCUUGCACCUCAGACACGAAGACCCUUCCAUGUCUCCCAAGAGAAAGAAGGCCCUGGCCCAGAUUUGGUGGUCACUUUACUCCAUCGAAUGUGUUCUUACUUGCAUAACUGGGCGCCCACGCACAGUAAGCGCCAUUGACUGUACUGUACCGCCACCAGGCGCAAAGGGUACAGAACUGGAUUCAUCAUCUCGUGAAACCACCACAUCAGCUGCAAUCAGGCAGGCAUCUGAGUCUUCUGCGGGCGAGUCCAUGAUCAAAACCAGCGUAGAUCCGUUUGACGUAGCCUACGUUAGGAUCGAUAUCCUCAUGGACAAGAUCUUGUCUGGCUUGUAUUCCGCACAAAAGUCUGCCAAGUCCUGGAAGGCUGCCCAAAAGGAGAUUGCUUCGCUGUCUGACGAUUUAGAAGCCUGGGCCUUGCAUUCCCUGGUUCGGGGUCCAGCAACAGCGACCGCUGCCACUUCAGAGAGCAACCUGAGCCGAGAGCAGGUGCUGCUCUACAUCUAUUACCACAACGCCAAAAUUUGCAUCACCCGGCCCUGUUUAUGCCGACUAGACCUGCGCAUAAAGGGCCAGAGCGAACAGUCGACUCGAUUCAACCAGAAAUCUGCUGAGGCCUGCAUAGGUGCAGCUCUAGAUCUCACUUCCAUGUUGCCAGAUCCUCCCAACCCUGCAUGGUUUUACGGAUACGGUCCGUGGUGGUGUGCUGUUCAUAUAAUCAUGCAAGCCCUUACGGUAUUACUUCUCGAGUUGUCAUUGGACGGCAUACACUUAACGGUCGAAAAGUCACACAUUACAGUCUGCAUCGAUAAGCUCAUACGAUGGUUGAAUUCGAUGAAACCCGUCGACGCAGUCAGCGAGAACGCAUACAACAUUAUUGCCAGAGUCAUGAAUAAGCAGACCAAGGAAGAGGCGGCCCGUCGUCGACUACCUCAGCCACAAAUAACGGAUCAGCACCAAAAACAACAAGAUAUAGAGCAUAUGACUUUUGAAUCACAGCAGCGAUAUCAGCCGUACAGUCAACCUCUUACGUUGCAGCAGUCAGAUGUUGCAUGGCCAAGCGCUGACCCAUUCAAUAGCAACAUCUACUCGCAAUACAACACAGGCAACUUCGAUCUCUACGACGCUCCUGGCGGCGAUAUUUUGAACGAUCCCACCACUGAGCUAACAGAAUUCAGUCAGCCUCUGAAUCUGUUCUAUGGAAAUUCCUACGAAUCGACUUUCGAUCACUGGGAAUGGGAUCCAGCGGCUUUUCAGGAUCCAGAUCAGCAAGGAUAUCCAGGAUAUGAAGGGUAUGAUCCAGGUGGUGGCUAG